CAUUUCAAUACUACUGUAGAUAGACAGUGGUCGAGCUGCGCCAUUUUGGUUGAAACUUUCCGCUCGUGCUUUUAAACUUGUCGACGAAGUUGUUCUUGCUUCAAGAUAACGAAUUGGUCUCCUUUUGGAUCGAAAAACCAAUUAUUUUUAUUUUUUAUAUCAGAGGAGUUCCCCGAGGUGUGCCUUGGUGUAUUGCUGCUUGUUGUUUUUGCAGCGUACAGGAAGCCAUUUUGGACCCUCCGUUUCUCAUGUAUCCUCCAUCCAGCAGUUUGGAGAUGAUGUUGGGUGAAGCGCUCGGUGUUGAACCGAGCCUAGGUAACGUCGGGAACAAUGAAAGGACUCUGCUGAUUUCCUACGGGAACCUAAACACGUCCAGCAGACGGACUCUGCUGAAGAAAGGAGGGCACCGAGUCCGGCUACAGAGCAGGAAUUUCCAUAACCAGGCUCAGCAGCAAAGGCAGGCGGUGGUGUUGAGGAACAGCACGGCGUGUUUAGCCGACAUCAUCAACAACAAUAACAGCAGCAGCAGCGAGGUUAAACCCACAUCCCCGAGCAAUAACACCGAGCUUCCGGUGAGCAGAACAGCGCCGAGUGGCUCAGCUCACCUCAGAGCAACAGCCAAGAAAGAGCUGCUGAAAUCGAAAACGGGUCGAGUAGAGAGAGGAAGUCAGUCGAGUAGGUCGUCCCCGCACAGCGCAGACAAACACAAGCCGUGCACUCCAAACCUGAAUGCCCAUGCUCAAAGGAGCAGACACAUCAGAUGUGAGAACAGGGACAGGAAGAGGCCUCUGAGCUCAGCAGAUGUGCAGAGAAACACCAGUGGCGAGCUCUUAUCUCAGGAGAAUCUCAAAGAGACGGAGAAGAUCUACGCCGGAGCCAAGUUUAGUGAGCCGCCUUCGCCGAGCGUGUUGCCCAAGCCGCCGAGCCACUGGGUCGACGAAAACAGCCCCAAACAUUCCGACAGCAGCCGGGAGCAGAUGUCCGUGCAUCUGAAAACCAUACUCAAGGUCCAGUCCAAGCCAUGACUCCAGCUACAAAAACACCACCGCCACCACUAUUAAUGAUAAAUAAUAAUAAAAAUAAAAGAAGAAUCCCUGGAUUUUCAGAACAAGAAGAAAAAAAAAUCUCAGGCAAAAUAAAAUUGUCAGAAAUUAAGAUUCGAAGCUUGUUGCAACAGGAAGUGUUGAAUUUUGACUGGAAUAUCAAAUAUGUCUUGCGUUUGUCUUUAGAAAGAGACCUCGUGUUCAUCUUUUUUAAAAAACAGAAUCUUGUGUAACUGUAAAUACUGUAAGACAUGUAAUAUAUGUGUAUAAUUUUUUUGGAUGUUAUUUUAACAGAAGAGUAAAUCUAGUUUUGUUACUGAAACCUACGGUGAUGUUUUCACCAUGAUUUAAUGGUAUGCUCUUGGCAAGUGUACUGAGUGAGGGAUCGCACACGUCCCGGGACGCACAUUUUACAUGGAAAAGGUUUGCUUAGUUUUGCACAAGACUGAAAAACCAACACGGGUCCCCUUUAAGAUGUGAGGAUGAACUAGCGAUGCGACGCUACGGCCGAGUUCUGGUUUUUCUGUAUGGUGGACUGUCUUGAAAAGGGAGUGGAAGUUUUAAAACAAGAGGACUGUGAAAGGAGUAUAAGGAACACUGCCUACAAACGAACAAAUCAUGGACAGCACUUUGGAAAACAAAUGAUUUGUUACACCAUUAACACAAGCGUAAAGCAUCAGCUGUUCUGGUAACAGACUUUUUUCUUUUUUUUCUCCAUUCUGUAGCAUUUUGCCUGGUUUAUUGGAUUAAGAAUGUCGAUUCAGAUUUUCACACUGUGAGAGAAAGUUUUGUGGUUGUGAUGUGUUUACAUAUCUGUGAGGAAAAAAAAAAUAACCAGGUGCCUCUCAUCUUCCUCUUUUUUUUUUUUUUACUUUUCAACUUUGACUAAAACCCAAGACAUUUCUUGUAUUCGCAGAAAAAAAAAUCCAACACAUUUUGUUGCAACACUGAUUGAUUUUAAUGUUCGGCCUCGUUUUAAAAGUCCUGAAGAUAGCAUAACUUGGGUCCACGUUUAUUUAAUUGGUCUGAGAAACGUUAUGAACGUUUUUAACAAAAAGUGUUAUAAAAAGUGAAAUAAAGAAUUUGGCCAUCCCCCUUUA